AAUGAGAGGCUGAGAGAAGAAACGUUGAGAGAGAGAAAGAAGAUGGGAAGUGAAGAAGUGAAGGUGGUGAGCUUUUGGGUGAGUCCAUUUGGGAAGAGGGUGGAGUGGGCCUUGAAGCUGAAGGGAAUAGAGUAUGAAUACAUAGAAGAAGAUAUCUUCAACAAGAGCAAUCUCCUUCUCCAGUUGAACCCGGUUCAGAAGAAGGUUCCGGUUCUCGUCCAUGCCCACAAACCCAUCCCCGAGUCAUUCAUCAUCCUUCAAUACAUUGAUGAAACUUGGAAGCAGUAUCCACUACUGCCACAAUAUCCUUAUCAGAGAGCACUUGUUCACUUCUGGGCCGAUUUUGGUGAGCGAAAGCUUUUGAAUCCAUCAUGGGUUGCAAUGUGCAGCAGCGGGGAGGACAAGGAAGAGGCUCUGAAAGUAGCUAGAGAAGCAAUGGAGAAGAUUGAAGAAGAGAUAAAGGGGAAGAAGUUUUUUGGAGGAGACAACAUUGGGUACCUUGAUCUUGCCCUUGGAUGGAUCUCUUACUGGCUUCCUGUUUUUGAGGAAGUUGGAUCCAUGCAGAUAAUGGACCCACUGAAAUUUCCGGCCACCGCUGCAUGGAUCACCAAUUUUCUGAGCCACCCUGUGAUCAAGGACAACUUGCCCCCUAGAGACAACAUGCUUGUUUACUUCCACAGUCGCAGAAAGGCACUUUCUUCAUCUUUUAAGGGUUGGUUCAAGGUUUAGAUAUUUUCUUCUCUGUCCAUGUUUCAAAGGGAAUGCAAAGAUGUUAGAUGUUUGUGGUAUAAUAAGAAUAAGAACAGCGAAUGAUACUGGGUAUGUUUGUAUUUUGGAUUCUUUGUGUUGCUAAUAAACCACUUUUGGAUGUGUUACUCACUUUAA